CCCAAGAUAUUUCCUCUUCUUUCCCAAUCGCCAGAGAAAGCAUCAACCCAAACCCUAUACCAUCCUCGUCUUCGUCUUCGCUGGCUUCGCUUCUCUCGUGCUCUCAUGGUGGCUGCGAGGCCUCCUCCACUGCCGCCGCUCAUCGCCGACGAACUCCCGAGUUCCAAUCAUGGAGACCUGCGACCACCGCGCGGUUGCUGACUCGCUGACGUCCCGAUACUGUGAUUGGGUGCACGACGCUCUUGAAGAUUUCCCUGACGCUUUCCUCAUCACUGACCCCGCUAUAGCUGGCCAUCCGAUCGUGUUUGCCAGCCGUGGGUUCCUCUCCAUGUCUGGCUAUGCUAGUGAGGAGGUUGUUGGCCGGAAUGGGCGCAUGUUCCAGGGUCCCGGGACGAGCCGGCGCUCUGUGAUGGAGAUCCGUGAGGCUAUCCGUGAGGAGAGGACGCUCCAGAUUAGCCUCCUCAACUACCGCCGUGAUGGUUCACCUCAUUGGAUCCUGUUCCAUUUGUGUCCCGUCUUCGCCCCCUGCGAUGGCCACCGCCGCGUUGUUCACUUUCUCUCUGUCCAGAUUCCUAUUCCGAAGCGAUCCCGGAGGACUGUCGUUGUCUCGACGACGUGCCGUGAUGCGAUGCGGAUGGACGCCGAUUUGGAAUUAGAUCUUGCCAAUGAUGAUAGGGGAUUCGAGGUUGAGGAGUGGAGGGAGGCGGGAGAGUGGGAAAAGGAAAAGGCGGCGAGCGUCGCCGGAGAGAUUUUGUCGGCGCUGGCGAGGUAUGGAAAGCUUUCGAGCGGGAAGAGGGCCGGUGUCGUGCUCCCGCGUCCGCUGAGUUCGGCUUUGAAUAUCUCUCUCGGUAGAAUCAAACAGAGCUUUGUACUGACGGAUCCUCAUUUGCCGGACAUGCCGAUUGUUUAUGCGAGUGAUGGAUUCUCCAGUUUGACAGGCUAUUCUAGACUUGAAGUUUUGGGCCGUAAUUGUAGAUUUUUGAAUGGACCUGGCACAGAUACAAAAGUAUUAAAUCAGAUAAAAGACAGUAUUAAAGCAGAGAAAGCCUGUGCUGUGCGAUUAUUAAACUACAGGAAAGACAGAAGCCCAUUCUGGAACUUGCUUCACAUUUCUCCUGUGCGAAAUGCGUCUGGCAAGAUCGCAUUCUAUGUAGGAGUUCAGAUAGAGGAGGGUUCCAAGAGCAAUGAACAUGGACUGAGCCCGGAGAUGAGGCAAUUAGGCACAGUAGGUCAAGUGAAAGUAGCAGUGAGGAGCAUAUCUUCAGGAGCAGGUACCUCAAGGUUGUCAUCAUAGAAACCCUGCCUGGAUAGUGUCUACACUUUGUAUUUCAUUUUUAGGUUUGUAAUUAUGUAAUUGAGGUGCUUUGCUUCUCAUGCCUGCUUAACGAAAGAUGAAAUAAUGCCUCUUGAUUUCAACCAAGAGUUGAAGGCCCAUUACCAUGCUUCUCUCUCAUAACUUAAUUGAUCAAAUGAAUAGAAAAAAAAAAAUCAUAUAUUUGUUUUCA